GUUCUUGAGGAUUUCUCCGUUUCUUGUUCUUGGGUGAGGUGGGGCUGAAACCGCCGCCGAGUGCGAAGUUCAGUUCUUUGCGAGCCGCGAGCAGGGGACAGCCGUCCCGGCGGUUAUUGGUCGUGAGGGCUAGUGAAAGUCGCAACGAUUCUGUUAAGAAGUUGGGGAUGACGGAUGCGGAAUGCGAAGCUGCUGUUGUGGCGGGGAAUGUGCCCAAAGCGCCUCCGGUCCCGCCCAAGCCGGAGGCCCCCGGCUGGAACUCCUGUCGUCCCUUUGCUGCCAUUGAGUCGCCGCCCGCGUCGCAAUCGAAGAUCACCAGCCCUGAGAUCAGCUUUCCAGGAGACACGUUUGUCCCCGGCAAACUUUGUCUACCCACUUUUUAUUCGUGAAGGUGAGGAAGAUACUCCGAUUGGGGCUAUGCCAGGAUGCUAUAGGCUUGGUUGGAGGCAUGGGCUUGUAGAAGAGGUGGCGAUGGCUCGUGAUGUUGGUGUUAAUAGCAUUGUACUCUUCCCCAAAGUGCCUCAUUCUCUGAAGUCUCCCACUGGAGAUGAAGCAUACAAUGACAAUGGUUUGGUGCCAAGAACAAUACGAUUACUCAAGGAUAAGUACCCUGAUCUCGUGAUAUACACUGAUGUUGCUUUAGACCCAUAUUCCUCAGAUGGACAUGAUGGUAUUGUCAGAGAAGAUGGAUCUCGAUCUUAAGAAACCAGGAGUGCGCAAGUUCACCAAAAGACGGGAAUUUGAAGUUACUACAGCAGAAGUGCUGAGAAAAGCUGAUUUCAGGACUCGCAUCAGUGCCAAGGCGCAGAGGAAGGUUGCGAGGGAGAUCAAAACCGCUCGAGCUUUCAGCCUCAUGCCUUUCACGACGAUGGGAACGAAAUCCU